GUACCUGUCACUGUCUGCUCAAUAGUUCUUAUUAUUGUUCUGACAUUUAAAUUUACUUGAAUUAAAAUACUCGGUUUGUGAUUAUUUUUAAUCCUAAUUCAUCUUUAUAUUUUAAUAAUAAAAGAGGCCAGUAAAUAUAUUUAAAAUGGCUCCUAAAGCUGGAGGUGAUUCUGCAAAAGUUAAUUCGGCAGUGUAUAAAGAUAAAAGCAAACCUACAGAUAUUAGACUAAGUAACAUAAAUGCUGCUAAAGCUGUAUCUGAUGCCAUACGCACAAGCUUGGGUCCUCGUGGGAUGGAUAAAAUGAUACAAGCUUCAAAUGGUGAAGUUACUAUUACAAAUGAUGGUGCCACAAUUUUAAAGCAAAUGAGUGUAAUUCAUCCUGCAGCUAAAAUGUUGGUUGAACUGUCUCGUGCUCAAGACAUUGAGGCUGGUGAUGGUACCACCUCUGUUGUGGUGAUUGCUGGUGCACUACUUGAUGCUUCAGAGAAACUUCUGCAAAAAGGCAUUCACCCCACAGUUAUAUCUGAUGGUUUCCAGAAGGCUUUGCAGAUAGCUUUACAGGUUGUUGAAGGAAUGUCUACUCCAGUAGAUCUUACAAACGAAGAUGCUCUUCUGAAAGCUGCAGCUACAUCCCUCAACUCUAAAGUUGUGUCACAACACUCUACUAUUCUAGCCCCUAUAGCUGUACAAGCUAUUCGUGCUGUGAUGGAGCCAAUAGAGGGCGGCGUGGGCGCUCGCGUGGACCUCCGUGACGUAAAGGUAAUUGAACGGAUCGGUGGCACCGUGGAGGACGCUGAGCUGGUGCAAGGGCUAGUCAUCCCGCACCGCGCCGCCAAUGUCAAUGGACCACACCGCGUCGAAAAGGCUAAAGUUGGCCUCAUUCAGUUUUGCAUUUCUCCUCCUAAGACUGAUAUGGAUCACAAUGUGAUAGUUUCCGAUUAUGCUGCUAUGGAUCGCGUGUUAAAAGAAGAACGUCAGUACAUUUUGAACAUUGUAAAACAAAUAAAGAAAGCUGGUUGCACAGUGCUUUUAGUUCAAAAGUCUAUCCUAAGGGAUGCACUUAGUGAUUUAGCUAUUCAUUUCUUGGAUAAGAUUAAAACCAUGGUCAUAAAGGACAUUGAGCGAGAAGAUAUUGAGUUUGUGUGCAAGACACUGGGUUGUCGACCAAUUGCAUCCCUUGAUCAUUUCACUGCUGAAAAUUUGGUCAAUGUUGAUUUGGUUGAAGAGAUCAAUGAACCUGGUGGCAAAUAUAUAAAGAUGACGGGGUGCUCGACGGGCGGGCGCACGGUGUCGGUGGUGGUGCGCGGGUCGAGCGGCGCGGUGGUGGCGGAGGCGGGCCGCUCGCUGCACGACGCGCUGUGCGCGGUGCGCUGCGUGGCGCGGCGGCCGGCGCUGCUGGCGGGCGGCGGCGCGCCCGAGGCCGCGGCCGCCGCCGCGCUCGCGCGCGCCGCCAUCGCCGCGCCCGGCGCCGACCACUACACGCUGCGCGCCUACUCCGACGCGCUCGAGGUCGUGCCCUCCACGCUCGCCGAGAACGCUGGGCUGAACCCCAUCGAGACGGUGACGGAGCUGCGCGCGGCGCACGCGGCGGGCGCGGGCGGCGCGGGCGCGGGCGCGGGCGUGAACGUGCGGCGCGGCCGCGUCACCGACAUGCGCCACGAGCACGUGCUGCAGCCGCUGCACGUCACCGCCUCCGCGCUCGCGCUCGCCACCGAGACCGUGCGCGCCAUACUCAAGAUCGAUGACAUCGUUAAUACUGUGAACUAAUAAGAAAAAACAACCAUAGAUUUACGUUCUUUUAGUUUAUUGUUUUACUUAACAUUUUAUCUAAUAGUAUUAUGAUACAACAUAAAUGUCAGCCUAUAUGUGAUAACAAAGUAAUUGAUAACUGAUGCCUAUUUAUAAAAUUUAUUUUGCAAUAUAAUUAAAAUGUAAUCUUACAUUGAAUUUAGUGCUUGGCUGACUGAUAAAAUUUUAUUUUCUUUGAAUAUGUUAUUAAUACUAAUUAUUAGCUACUAUUUAAUGUAAUUCUUUAAAAUAAAAGAAUUAAACAAAA